GUCUUUACAAGAACAUCACUCAUCAUGGUCGUCAGAAUUCGAUUAGCCCGACACGGAUCGAGGAAUAACCCUUUCUAUCAUUUGGUGGCCAUUCGCGAUAAAGCAGCUCGUGAUGCUAGACCGAUUGAAAAGCUAGGAGAAUACGAUCCGAUCCCUAGACCGAAAGAGAAUGCAAAUCAACCCGUUCAAGCAUGGCAACAAGUUGGUGUAUCCUUAACAGAGUCAGCCCCUUCUUUUCGUAAAUCAGAUUUGGAUAAACCCAUCCUAAGUUCUGGUUUGGAGAAAUUUGAUGCGACAAAACUAGAGAAACGAAUCGAAUGGAACGUAAAUAGGAUUCACCAUUGGUUAAGUGUGGGAGCACAGCCCAGCAAGCCCGUCGCACGACUUUUAGAUAGGGUGAGUAUUCUGAUGCUAUGAGAUGGACCUUGCUACCUUUGCUGACUGAUCCAUCUUGUCCUCUUCUUCUUUCUAGGCCGGUCUUAUUCCAAAAGGAAAAUGGUACAAAGGAAUGUACAAACAUCCGGAAGAU